CUCCUCUGCAACUAAACAGAGGAUCUUGUCUAUAUAACCCUUUAAACCACACACUCAAACAAAACAAGGAAAACAUUUGAAAUACUCAGACAAAACCUCUGUUAACAAUGAUAGAACAGAGCUCCAUCGAGGAAGGAGAAACUGGCCGUACGAUUCUCGUAGGCGUGAAGCUAGACGCGCCGAGCAGAGAGUUACUCACAUGGGCUUUAGUCAAAGUCGCUGAGCCUGGUGAUACUGUGAUCGCUCUUCAUAUUCUCACCAACGAGAUUGUUAAGAACUCUUCACUUCUCUCUUUAGUGAAAACAUUCGACUCUGUUCUCGAUGUUUACGAAGGCUUUUGCAACUUAAAACAGGUUGAUUUGAAGCUGAAGCUGUGUCGUGGUGACUCGGCUAAAAAGAUUAUAGCUAGAGAAGCGAAGUCGUUUUGUGCUUGGAAAGUUAUAGUUGGAGUUUCGAAAACUCACCACACGAUUCGUUCAUCAGCUUCUGUGGCUAAGUACUUGGGGAAGAAGCUGCCUAAGGAGUGUUGGGUUCAUGCUGUGAACAAUGGUAAAGUUGUGUUUCAGAGAGAAGGUUCUCCUCUUCCAUCAUUUGCCUUUGAUCAUUCUCAAGGGAAGGAAGAUGUUAGGAGGAACACUUUGUUGAAUGUGCUUCAGAGAUCUGUUACAUUGAGUACACCAACUAGAGUUGUUAGCCAUUGUGAGGAGGCUUCCAAGGAAGAUCAACCUUGUGGACAGAGUUUGCAACAGGCCUUAGAAGCUGCUCGUUUAGAGAGUUGUUCAGCUUGUGGUUCUGAUUCUUUGUCUCAAAAGUUAUCUGGAGAUGAUGAUGAGUGCAACAAAGCAAAGGAGAUUGUGCCUGUGAAAGGUCUAGAGGAAGAAUCAGGCGGUACUAUAACUAAGUUGAUUAGUAAACAGCCUGAAACUAUACCAGGUUGGCCUUUACUUCGUCGUGCUUUAUCUUCAGGACAACCCAUUACACCUCACAGGACUUCGUCUAAACAGAUACCAGUAGCUCAAUGGGCUUUGAAGCUUCCUCCGAGGAGCAGUAAGCAAAUUGGUUAUGAUUCUUCUAUCACCACUCCUGACAAUAGUCCAAAAAAGCUCCCUGAGAAGUUAGAGAGACUCUACGAGAGAUUCUCUUCAACUUGCCAGUUUUUCAAAUACAAGGAACUUGUUUCAGUGACAUCAGACUUCUCCCCUGAUAAUUUCAUUGGGAUAGGAGGUAGCAGCAGGGUUUAUAGAGGCUGUUUGUCUGAUGGAAGAGAGGUUGCUGUGAAGAUUCUCAAGCAAACAGAAGAUGUCUUGAAUGAUUUCGUGGCCGAGAUCGAGAUUAUCACAACGUUAUGUCAUAAGAACAUUAUCUCCCUCUUAGGCUUUUGCUUUGAAGACAAUAACCUAUUACUUGUAUACAAUUAUCUGUCAAGAGGAAGCUUAGAAGAAAACCUUCACGGAAACAAGAAAGAUCUGUUUGCAUUCCAAUGGAGAGAGAGGUACAAAGUGGCUGUGGGAGUAGCCGAGGCAUUAGACUAUCUGCAUAACAGUGCUUCUCAACCUGUCAUCCAUAGAGAUGUUAAGUCAUCAAACAUACUAUUAUCUGAUGAUUUUGAGCCUCAGCUUUCUGAUUUUGGGCUUGCGAGGUGGGCGUCUAUAUCUACAACUCAUAUAGUCUGCUCAGACGUUGCAGGAACCUUUGGCUACUUGGCUCCAGAGUACUUCAUGUAUGGUAAGGUGAAUGAUAAGAUAGAUGUGUAUGCAUUUGGUGUUGUACUCCUCGAGCUACUUUCUGGAAGAAAACCUAUUAGCAGCGGUUGUCCAAAGGGACAAGAGAGUCUUGUCAUGUGGGCCAAACCAAUUCUAGAAGUUGGGAAGUAUUGUCAGUUAUUAGACCCAAGUUUGCGGGAUAACAACAAGAAUACUGAUCAAAUGCAGAGGAUGGUGUUAGCUGCUACUCUUUGUAUUCGACGUAGCCCUCAAGCUAGACCGAAAAUGAGCAGUGUCUUAAAGCUGCUGAAAGGCGAUGAAGACACGCUCCAGUGGGCAAUACAACAAGUGAGUAGUAGUUCAGAUGAAUCAGAGAUGCUUGAGGAUGAGGAAAUUCAAAGAUCUGAGUUGCAGUCACACCUUAACCUUGCGCUUCUUGAUGUUGAAGAUGACUCUAUCUCCAUGGGUAGCUUUGAGCAAGGUGUCUCUGUUGAGGAUUAUCUUAAAGGCAGGACAAGCCGUUCUUCAAGCUUCGACUAA